UUUUGACAGAAAUUAAUAAUCCUGUCUUAGGGAAUUUGCAUGUUCAAAGUAAGUCAAAUUCUUAAAUUUCAAUAGCAUUUGAUUUGAAGAAAGAAAACCGAAAAUCUCUCGGCACAAUCAAAUGAAAGACAAAACUUAUAGACCAAAUUGGAGGUUCGGGUUACCUUCUGUUUUCCUCUUAAGCAUCUUCUUCUUUCUUGCUGGAUUCUCUAGUUUCAGAUUCUUCCACCACUCUCAGGAAGAUGAAUAUGGAGUGAGAGCGAGAUUGAAGGAGAAAGAGCACCGUUUGUUACAUGUAGGAGAGUCUGGUGAUAAUUUCAUUACUUCCAUUCCUUUCCAGAUUUUGAGUUGGAACCCUCGCAUUCUAUAUUUUCCCAAUUUUGCAAGUGUGAAACAAUGUGAAAGUAUAAUUGAAAUGGCAAGGAUAGAGCUUACAACAUCAAAAGUGGAAACGGUGGAGGGGAUAAGUGAUCUUCGAAGAACAAGUUCUGGUAUGAUUAAUAGCGCUUCUGAGGAUAAAACAGGUGUUUUAGAUAUGAUUGAAGAGAAAAUAGCAAAAGCAACGAAAAUUCCCAAGACUCAUGGAGAGAUAUUUCAUAUCCUCCGGUACAAAGUCGGACAAAAAUAUGACUCUCACUAUGACGCAAUCGAUCCAGGUGAAUUUGAUCCAGCUGAAUAUGACUACCAAGAAAGUCACAGGGUAGCUUCAUUUGUGUUGUAUUUAACGGAUGUCCAAGAAGGUGGGGAGACAAAUUUUCCAUUUGAGAAUGGGUCAAACAUGGAUGGUAGCUAUGAUCAUAAGGAUUGUAUUGGUUUGAAAAUAAAACCACGGAAGGGAGAUGGACUUCUAUUCUAUUCAUUUUUCCCUAAUGGUACAUUUGAUCGGACAUCACUUCAUGGAAGUUGCCCGGUAAUUAAAGGGGAGAAGUGGAUAGCUACAAAGGGGAUAAGGAAUCAAUUACAUUAUGAGAACUCCUGAUUAGAUGGUACCUGCAAUUGGGAUUCAAAGUCUUAUAGAAUAGUAGUAUUUGCUAUUUCUAUAGUCAGAUAAAUAAUCAGGUAUAAAAUCUGAUUGAAUAUUAGAAUUAAAAAACAAAAUAAUACAUAAACAAGAUACAUGAGUCAUGCAAUUACUUUCUAA